ACAGAGGUUCUCCACCAUUUUUUCUGAACUCGUAGUCAGGAUGGUUUUCUCUGGCAGGCAGUGUGGCCGUGUUGGCAGAACUGAAGAAGUUUUACUGACAUUCAAGAUAUUCCUUGUCAUCAUUUGUCUUCAUGUCGUUCUGGUAACAUCCCUGGAAGAAGAUACUGAUAAUUCCAGUUUGUCACCACCACCUGCUAAAUUAUCUGUUGUCAGUUUUGCCCCCUCCUCCAGUGAGGUUGAAACAACAAGCCUCAAUGAUGUUACUUUAAGCUUACCCCCUUUAAACAAAACAGAAAAAACUAAAAUCACUAUAGUAAAAACCUUCAAUGCAUCAGGCGUCAAACUCCAGAGAAAUAUCUGCAAUUUGUCAUCUAUUUGCAAUGACUCAGCAUUUUUUAGAGGUGAGAUCAUGUUUCAAUAUGAUAGAGAAAGCACCAUUCCCCAGAAUCAACAUAUAACAAAUGGCACCUUAACUGGAGUCCUGUCUCUAAGUGAAUUAAAACGCUCAGAGCUCAACAAAACCCUGCAAACCCUAAGUGAGACUUAUUUUAUAAUGUGUGCUACAGCAGAGGCCCAAAGCACAUUAAAUUGUACAUUCACAAUAAAACUGAAUAAUACAAUGAAUGCAUGUGCUGUAAUAGCUGCUUUGGAAAGAGUAAAGAUUCGACCGAUGGAACACUGCUGCUGUUCUGUCAGGACACCCUGCCCUUCCUCCCCAGAAGAGUUGGAAAAGCUUCAGUGUGACCUGCAGGAUCCCAUUGUCUGUCUUGCUGACCAUCCACGUGGCCCACCAUUUUCUUCCAGCCAAUCCAUCCCAGUGGUGCCUCGGGCCACUGUGCUUUCCCAGGUCCCCAAUGCUACCUCUUUUGCUGAGCCCCCAGAUUAUUCACCUGUGACCCACAAUGUGCUCUCUCCAAUAGGGGAGAUUCACCCCCUUUCACCUCAGCCUUCAGCUCCCAUAGCUUCCAGCCCUGUCAUUGACAUGUCCCCACAGUCUGAAACAAUCUCUUCCCCUAUGCCCCAAACCCAUGUUUCCGGCACCCCACCUCCUGUGAAAGCCUCAUUUUCCUCUCCCACCGUGUCUGCCCCUGCGAAUGUCAUCACUACCAGCGCACCUCCUGUCCAGACAGACAUCGUCAACACCAGCAGUAUUUCUGAUCUUGAGAACCAAGUGUCGCAGAUGGAGAAGGCUCUGUCCUUUGGCAGCCUGGAGCCUAACCUCGCAGGAGAAAUGAUAAACCAAGUCAGCAAACUUCUUCAUUCCCCGCCCGACAUGCUGGCCCCUCUGGCUCAAAGAUUGCUGAAAGUAGUGGAUGACAUUGGCCUACAGCUGAACUUUUCAAACAAGACCAUAAGUCUAACCUCCCCUUCUUUGGCUCUGGCCGUGAUCAGAGUAAAUGCCAGUAGUUUCAACACAACUACCUUUGUGGCCCAAGACCCUGCAAAUCUUCAGGUUUCUCUGGAAACCCAAGCUCCUGAGAACAGUAUUGGCACAAUUACUCUUCCUUCAUCGCUGAUGAAUAAUUUACCAGCUAAUGACAUGGAGCUAGCUUCCAGGGUUCAGUUCAAUUUCUUUGAAACACCUGCCUUGUUUCAGGAUCCUUCCCUGGAGAACCUCUCUCUGAUCAGCUACGUCAUAUCAUCGAGUGUUGCAAACCUGACCGUCAGGAACUUGACAAGAAACGUGACAGUCACAUUAAAGCACGUCAACCCGAGCCAGGAUGAGUUAACAGUGAGAUGUGUAUUUUGGGACUUGGGCAGAAAUGGUGGCAGAGGAGGCUGGUCAGACGAUGGCUGCUCCGUCAAAGACAGGAGAUUGAAUGAAACCAUCUGUACCUGUAGCCAUCUGACAAGCUUCGGCAUUCUACUGGACCUAUCUAGGACAUCUGUGCUGCCUGCUCAAACGAUGGCUCUGACGUUUAUUACAUAUAUUGGUUGUGGGCUUUCAUCAAUUUUUCUGUCAGUGACUCUUGUAACCUACGUAGCUUUUGAAAAGAUCCGGAGGGAUUAUCCUUCCAAAAUCCUUAUCCAGCUGUGUGCUGCUCUGCUUCUGCUGAACCUGGUCUUCCUCCUGGACUCGUGGAUUGCUCUGUAUAAGAUGCAAGGCGUCUGCAUUUCAGUGGCUGUAUUUCUUCAUUAUUUUCUCUUGGUCUCAUUCACAUGGAUGGGCCUAGAAGCAUUCCAUAUGUACCUGGCCCUUGUCAAAGUAUUUAAUACUUACAUCCGAAAAUACAUCCUUAAAUUCUGCAUUGUCGGUUGGGGGGUACCAGCUGUGGUUGUGACCAUCAUCCUGACUAUAUCCCCAGAUAACUAUGGGCUUGGAUCCUAUGGGAAAUUCCCCAAUGGUUCACCGGAUGACUUCUGCUGGAUCAACAACAAUGCAGUAUUCUACAUUACGGUGGUGGGAUAUUUCUGUGUGAUAUUUUUGCUGAACGUCAGCAUGUUCAUUGUGGUCCUGGUUCAGCUCUGUCGAAUUAAAAAGAAGAAGCAACUGGGAGCCCAGCGAAAAACCAGUAUUCAAGACCUCAGGAGUAUCGCUGGCCUUACAUUUUUACUGGGAAUAACUUGGGGCUUUGCCUUCUUUGCCUGGGGACCAGUUAACGUGACCUUCAUGUAUCUGUUUGCCAUCUUUAAUACUUUACAAGGAUUUUUCAUAUUCAUCUUUUACUGUGUGGCCAAAGAAAAUGUCAGGAAGCAAUGGAGGCGGUAUCUUUGUUGUGGAAAGUUACGGCUGGCUGAAAAUUCUGACUGGAGUAAAACUGCUACUAAUGGUUUAAAGAAGCAGACUGUAAACCAAGGAGUGUCCAGCUCUUCAAAUUCCUUACAGUCAAACAGUAACUCCACUAAUUCCACCACACUGCUAGUGAAUAAUGAUUGCUCAGUACACGCAAGCAGGAAUGGAAAUGCUUCUACAGAGAGGAAUGGGGUUUCUUUUAGUGUUCAGAAUGGAGAUGUGUGCCUUCACGAUUUCACUGGAAAACAGCACAUGUUUAAUGAGAAGGAAGAUUCCUGCAAUGGGAAAGGUCGUAUGGCUCUCAGAAGGACUUCAAAGCGGGGAAGCUUACACUUUAUUGAACAAAUGUGAUUUCUUGUAAAAUCAAAGCAUGAUGCUUGACAGUGUGAAAUGUCCAAUUUUACCUUUUACACAAUGUGAGAUGUAUGAAAAUCAACUCAUUUUAUUCUUGGCAACAUCUGGAGAAGCAUAAGCUAAUUAAGGGCAAUGAUUAUUAUUAC